AUGGAAGCAGGGAAUCUCACUAGCGUGACUGAGUUUGUCCUCUUGGGACUUUCACAGGCUCAGGAGCUACAGGGUUUUCUAUUCCUUGUGUUCCUAAUUGUCUACAUAACAACGAUUACGGGCAACCUCCUCAUUAUAACUAUAGUGACCUCUGACACUCGACUCCAUACUCCCAUGUAUUUCCUUCUCCGGAACUUGGCUGUUAUAGAUCUCUGCUACUCCUCAGUCACUGCCCCCAAGAUGCUGGUUGACUUCCUAUCCAAGGCUAAAACCAUCUCCUACCAGGGCUGCAUGACUCAGAUCUUCUUUUUCCAUCUCUUAGGUGGGGGCACAGUCUUUUUCCUCUCAGUGAUGGCAUUUGACCGCUACAUUGCCAUCUCCCGGCCUCUCCAUUAUGUUACCAUCAUGAAUCCUCAAAUGUGUUUUGGGCUAAUAGUGGCUGCCUGGGCAGGAGGCUUUGCCCACUCCAUUGUUCAGCUCGCUCUCCUGCUUCCCUUGCCUUUCUGUGGCCCCAACAUACUGGAUAACUUUUACUGUGAUGUUCCCCAAGUCUUGAGACUUGCCUGUACAGAUACUUCUUUUCUGGAGCUCCUCAUGAUUACCAACAGUGGGAUGCUAGUACUUAUUUGGUUCCUCAUCCUCCUGGCUUCCUACACGGUUAUCUUGGUGAUGCUGAGCUCUCACUCAGGGGAGGCAAGACGCAAAGCCUCUUCCACUUGUACCACCCACAUCAUUGUGGUGUCCUUGAUUUUUGUGCCAUGUAUCUACAUCUAUGCCCGGCCCUUCACCUCCUUCCCUAUGGACAAGGCUGUCUCCAUCAGCUACACAGUCAUCACCCCCAUGCUAAACCCCAUGAUUUAUACCCUCAGGAACCAGGAGAUGAGAUCUGCCAUCAAGAGAUUAGGAAAGAGACUGGUCUCAUUAAAGUGA